AUGGAAAAACAUUGUCACUACUCAACUGUCCCUGUCCUUCUGCUCGUCCUCACAUCACUGUCCUGUCUCCGUCUGUCCAGCUCUUAUCAUGUGAGCACCGAUGGACAUGCUAAUAACUACCACAGAGAGGCUCCCCGGGGCUUGACCGGAGCUGACCACACAGAGAGACAGCAAAACCUCCAACCAUCAGUCCAGAGAAACUCUACCGAAGAAGAAGAGCUCUUUAAGGAUGUUGAUCCCAAAAAGUUAGCGGCUGCUUUGUUAGAGGCCAUUAAUCACUCUCAGGCUGUGAGAGGGAGGAAGCAGGAGGAGCACAAAGGGAUGGGAAACACGGAGAGAGGCCGUGUGAAAAAAGAAGAGGCGUAUGGGGAGGAUGCCUCUUCCCCAGGAGACAGAGACAGAGACGGACAACAGAAGUUGGGGCUACUGUUUGCUCCACAUAUUGAUGAGGAGGAGGAGAGGAGGAAAGCGUUGGAGGAGGAGAAGUUAACUGAGAAAGUGACCAGUCAGACGACCAGCCAGACGAUCCAGAACCAAACCGAGCAGCAGCUGAGUGUUUCAGAGGGCGGGGCAGACGUUAGGGACCAAAGAGGCAGCCAGGAAGAGGAGCAGCUCAGCCCCGAGGAGCUGAGGAGUCUGGAAACCAUGAUGAAAGAGUUCCCUCCGUUGGACGUAGCCUCUAGAAGAGAGGAGGACUCGGGGAAAAUGAGGAGGCAGAGCAGAGCUUUCAGCAGAUACAAUGAAAUCCUCCCUGUCCAUAAAGGCAGUGACCUCGCCAUGUCCAAGAAAAAACUCAAAUGGCAGGAGGAGACACAAAAAGCCCUGAACUUUCCAGCCUUUACCGGAGGCAAUUCCAUAAAUGAAAUAGAAGCCAGUGAUUAUGCUGUUAACCCAGCACAGCCCAGGCCUCCAGCAGAGCAGGAAGUGAUGGAAGAUUAUGACCCAAAUGAGGAGGAGGUGCUAAGUCCAGAGGAGGAGGAAGCUCGAGUCCGAGUGGAGCAGGAGGAGAUGAUGAGGCAAGCGGAGGAGGCACAGAGAGCCAAGCUGGAGGAGGAGAAGUUAGCUGACAUGGCCUCAGACAUGUUACUGCGCUACAUGGUCAAACAAAACAACGGGCACAAGAAGUACAGCUCAUCUCUGUCCAGCACGGCCGAGGACAAGCGAUCGGACGAGGAGCAGGACACGCUCCAGCAGGACGACAUCGACCCGGAGACCAUCGAUAAGCUGAUUGAGAUUUCCAGCAAACUCCACCUGCCUGCCGAUGACGUGGUGGACAUAAUCACUGAUGCAGAGAAGAAAAAGAAGAAAGAUGUGCCACCCGAGGUAGCCUCAUAUCGGCAAUAUCCUCCAUCUUCCUCCUUUACUCCUGGAUGGCACCUUUCAGGCAAUGAGAAUAAAGUACCAGUGUAUAAGCCGCCAUUUAUGGCUCCUAAUCCUCUCAAAGCCCGGGUCCAGGAGAAAAACACUUUAGUUUCAGAGGACGUACGGAAGAAACUCUCCAAAUUCAUACAAGCCAACCGUGAUCCUUGGUCCAAACCGGUUCAACAGAACCCCUGGCUCAAAUCCUCCACGCCUGUUUGGAUGGACUACCCCCUCUCCGCCUAUGCUCCCCCCAUCCCUUUGUACCACCAGAGGAACCCCUCCCCUAAACACUAUCCAAUCUAUUUCCCUCUUCUGUCCAGAUCCAGUUCCCGUUACUACAGUCCUAAGCCCGCCUUUAACCUCAACAGCUUCCUGGGUAAUUCUGGGGCUAAUGGCUACCCCUUCACACCCAGAAGGCGCUACCAGAGCUGGGUCUGGCCUGGGCCGAGGAAACCUCCCCCAGGACUCCCACAGUCCUACUACAAAACCUACUCUCCCAUAGUCUACCCCCAACAAUUUCAACGGAUACUCAUCCCCAAAGCUCACCCCCCUCCCAGAGCUCACGCCAGGCCUCCCCAACAGAGGUUUUACAAGUCAGCUGUGGGAGUUACAAGAAACGGAGAUGUGUACGGGGGCAGAGAGCGGUCAGCCAGCAGCAGCCUGGCUGACCUGGAGAAGUACAUACAGCAGAGACUGAGAAAAGGUCCACAGGUUGCGGGCUGA